AUGAGUCAUCAUCCAGAAGUGAAGUGGGCGGAGAGAGCCGAUAAGGUUUACUUAACGGUGCUGUUGCCUGAUGCCAAGGAUGCAGAUGUGAAACUUGAGCCUGAGGGAAUCUUUGAUUUCUCUGCCAAAGCUGGAGCAGAGGGCCAGCUUUAUGAGCUCAAGCUUGAGCUUCAUGAUAAGGUCAAUGUGGAGGAAAGCAAAAUCAACAUCGGAUUGAGAAGCAUAGUGUGCAUCUUGGAGAAAGCAGAACCGAAAUGGUGGAAUAAGCUGUUGCGAGGGAAAGCGCCUCACUAUGUUAAAGUUGAUUGGGACAAGUGGGUUGAUGAGGACGAAGAUACCAGCCCUGGUCCUGGAGACAUGGAUAUGGGCGGAAUGGGUGGAAUGGGAGGAAUGGAUUUCUCGAACUUUGGUGGAAUGGGCGGUAUGGGAGGUAUGGGUGGUAUGGGAGGUCUCGAAGAGCUUGGUGGUAUGGGAGGUCUUGAAGGGCUCGGUGGAAUGGGUGGUAUGAGUGGAAUGGGUGGCAUGGAAGAAUUUGAGGAUAGUGAUGAUGAAGGAGAAGAAGUGAAGUCUGGAGAUGUAAAGGAGGAAGCUCAAGCUCCUACUCCUGCAACAGUGGAGCCGAAAACCGAAGAGCAAACAGCUGUUAAGAGUGACAAAUGA